UUCUCCCUUAUUCUUUCCGCAUUAAUUUAUCAAGUUAGUUUAUUUUAUAAGAAAGAGAAAUUUAUAAUUCCAUUACUCCAUUUAUAUCAAAAAGAUCCAGCCAAAUCUCAAUGGGCUCUACCGGGCCCAAUCCGAUCCAUUAAGGCCCAAUUUUCAAAUCUCCCCGUACUUUCUCAAUCACCUCUCCUUCUCCGGCGAAAUCUACACUUGUAAUCCAUUUUCCGGCGCAAUCCUCGCGAUCUAGACCGGACUAUAGGCUCUGCAGUGAGUUCCCAUCGGAUUCUGUCCUUUUCUCUUUGAAGCUGGGAUAGUAUUUGGAAUCGGUGUUUCCUGCAAAGAUAUGAUAGGAAAGAGAGUGUGCAGUGGAUGGCGCCCGUUCCUUCUAUGUUUACCUCUGUUUUUUGUUUUUGUUCAUAUAAUGUCAGUUUUAGAACUACGGCAGCACUCUACUGCAGAAGUUCCACAAAGGAAACAAUACAAUAAGUUUGAUCAUCUGGUUCUUGGACCUGCUGCGGGGGAAGGAUUGCCUGAUCGGCUACAGUGCAAAGGCAAUAAAGCUCUCACCAAGACUCAUUUUGGAGCAUCUUCUAAAAAUUUGAAGGCGGGAGGCAAUAUUUCCAUUGUCACUGUGUUUGCCACAUAUAAUACUGCUGUUGAUCAGCAGACAAGUGGCAAAUCACUAGACAGUGUUACGGUUGGGAACAUUUCCUACAACAAGUUGGAAAGGUCAAUUACCAUCUUGAAUGUCUUUGUUAAUUUCAUUCAGGAGACAAUGCCUCAGAGCAACAUCAUCAUCCUUACUAAUCCAUCAUCUAAGCUUCCAGUGGAAAGAGAUAGACUGACCAUUCUGCCCAUUCAAGGUGAUUAUUCACGAGAAAUGUUGAUGCUACAAAGAAUCAGGUCUUACAUUGUCUUUCUAGAAACGCGGGCUGCGGAGCAUUCAAAAUUGAAGGGACAAGUGAAUCAUUACAUCUUUACCGACUCAGAUAUAGCAGUGGUUGAUGAUUUGGGGCAGAUAUUUCAUGAUCACCCUAAUUUUCAUGUGGCUCUAACAUUCCGUAACAACAAAGAGCAACCUCUGAAUUCAGGAUUUAUAGCAGUGAGGGGCACUCCUGAGGGAAUUUUAAGAGCAAAGUUUUUCUUGGAAGAAGUACUAAAAGUCUACACCUCAAAGUUCAUGAAAGCUUCCAGAAUGCUCGGGGAUCAAUUAGCUCUUGCCUGGGUUGUAAAAUCUCACUCUUCCUUUGAUGUCCGAAGGUUUUCUAGAAAACAAGCAUUUAUGGACCAAAUCAGUGGCGCUUCAGUGCUAUUUUUGCCGUGUUCCAUUUAUAACUGGACACCACCAGAGGGUGCCGGUCAAUUUCAUGGGAUGCCCUUGGAUGUUAAGGUUGUGCAUUUUAAGGGAUCAAGAAAGAGACUUAUGCUGGAGUCUUGGAGCUUCUUAAAGUCAACGUCAUCUUCAGACAUCGCGGACAUGUUAUGCCUAAUCCUAAGAAGUGGCAGGACAAAGUACGAUUUCUAGUUCAGAUUAAUUUGGUGUUAUCAGAGGGGAUUUUUUCUUUUUGAGCAAGAAUGUCCGCACAUUCAUUUAGAAGAAUGGCCAGAGCGUUUGAAGUUGUUGGUUGUAAGACCAGUCAAUUUUCACGAUCCAGAUGGAGCUUGAGCUUAAAACAACAGGUCAAUAUUACUGCUCAGUUGUGACUUUAGAGACUCAGAUGACUGAUGGUUUCUAGCUAAAAUGAAACAGACACAACUUGUGUUCUUAUUUUUUGUGUAACUAUACGUAAGUUACUGAAAAUUGAUUCCAUGUUUCCUUCUUUGUUUUCUAGAAACUUCAACAAGAUCAGUAUUAGCAUUUAACUUUUGCGCUGUCUAUAGGAACUUCAACACUGUUUUCUUCUCUUCUGGAAUGUAAAAGAUAUCACUUAUAUGUGUUGUUGAGUUUAUAUGCUUAUGAGAUUGUUUAUGGUUGCCAGAA